AUGAGUGAUCUUCAUACAUCAUUAUUGAACAAUAACAUCUCUUUUGAUUAAUUAUAUGAGGUACCUUAACUUAUUUAAUCUUAGAGUGUUAAAGCACAACUCUUAGAUUACUAAUAAAGUGUUGAUGAAUUAUAAGUAUCCGGAGAAUCAGAAAUUGAUUAGCACAAUGUCAAUCAAAUGUUUCUAUAAUUAAAGACCAUUUAAUUAGAACAUUUGAGUAUAAAAGACAAUAUCAUUAAAUUGGAACAAGUACUUUAAACAAUAACUCAAAGUAAUCGAGAGGAGUUGAGCAAAGAAAUAAAACCAAGAAAUUAAGAGAUUUGUAUACUAGUCAUUUCUAAAGACAUUAACAGUUAUCUAAAAAUAUGAUUAAUGAUUGUGGAUAUGAGUCUUUAAAAGAAAUUUUAAAAGAUAUUGAAAGAAUGAUGAAAAUGACAUCUAAACAAGAUGUUUAAAAUUUUACAUUAAAUUCUACUUCCACUAACUAAUAAGAUCUUUAAAAUAAUUAAUAAAUGUAAUUGAUGGAUAUUUAAACAUUUGAACAAUUUGACCAUAUAGAAUGGCACAAUUAAAUAAUAAAAUAAAAUUAAGAAGAAAUAGAUUAAAUAUAAUAUAAGACACAAACAAUCAAUAAAAUCGUUUAAGAUUUAGCUCUAGAAAUAGAACAUUAAGAUACUUAUUUUGAUGUGAUAGAAACCAAUGUCACAAAUACAAAAGAGAAUGUCAUUAAAACAUAAGAUUAAUUAACUAAAACAUAAGAAUAAUAAAAACAAGGAAAAAAAAAGUUAUGGUGCUUAUUAGUUUGUGCAGUUGUUGCAUUUUUAAUUCUGCUUUUAAUUUUGUUAUUAUGA